CCUCAAACUCCGCCCCCUGUUGGUCCGUUUCCUAGCAACCGUCCGCGUGGCGGCCCUGCUGAGGCGGAAGGGAGGCAGUGGGCCGGAGAGGGUCUGCGGUGCCAGUCAUGGCCCAGGUGCCCAAGCCCCGGGCCCUCUCCCCUCCUCCGCCUCCCGAGCAGCCCGCCCUUUUCUAUGGCCCCGUGGAGCCCGGGAACCCGGUGGUGGAAAACUUCGAGCGGGACCUGCACGACUGCCUGGGUUUAUUGCGACGGACGCGGGAGGCGGGGGGCAAGAGCGCAAGGGAGCGGGACCUGCACCGGCGAGGGGUAACGGCAUUGUUUAACAUUUGGAACAACUACAAGCCUCGAUUUCCUGACUGGUAUUACAAUGAAAAGCUUGUGAAAGUCGGUGAUCAACUUGUGGAAAUGAAAGAAUAUAAACUAGCACUUUCACAUUGCUAUGGCCGAUAUCUUCAGCAAAUUACUAGUGUAAAUAUAAACAAACUUGAAAGUGUGCACGAAUUGAAGACCAAUUUUUUCCCGAAUGGAUUUAAAGAUCCAAUUGCUACACGCACCUUCCAUGUUUUGCAAGUGUGGCUUACUUGCCUUUACAAAAUGGUAUGUGAUGAUGACAUCGAUCUCCUGAAUCAGGAAUCUGUGAAGACAUGUUUUAGAAUCUUGACCAUAUUGCAAAUCAUUAUGCAGAUGACGUUGCCACAUGAGCAUUUAUGUUGGCUUGUUUAUAAUGGAACAAUCCAUAUGUAUACCAUAUGUAGACAUUUGAUGACCAUUGGUCAAUCAGCCAAGGUACUUGAAUAUUUAUUGUGGGCUUGUGUAUGUAUGGAAUCAUCAGUUCCACUUCUAGCUGUGCACUAUUUGACAUGGAGAGCAACUCUGUAUGCUGCUGUUUGCCAAUGUUAUUAUGACAGUCAUUGUGGCAUGCAUGGAGAGAUAUUUGCACGGCGUUGUUUGAUGAAAAUUGAUGAACUAAAGCAAAUGGAAAAUAUUAGCUCAUCCCCAUUGAGUGUAGAAACAAAGAAAAAGUUCAAAGAGGCAACAGUGAAGAUGGCAGCAAUGAUAUUCAAAAGAUCACUAUUUGAAUCAAGAAGACGACCAAAAGGUGUUUUUCGACCAAGAGUGAAAGCUAAUCUAAAAGAUAUGCAAUCUUUGCUAUGGCCUCGUACAAUUACAGAACGGUUGCUAAUGGAAUUAUUUGAUUGUAAUUCAGCAUUUUUUUUGGCCAUCCUGGAAGCUUUGUUUGAUAAAAAUAGAAGGAUCCUGAUCCCUGGGCCUCCUGUUCCUGAUGAAAUCGAAAUCCGUGAUGUCAUUUCAGAGCUAUGUUUUGCAGGCAUGGAUAUUCUUGAUGGUGGUGGCAUCAAUACACUGAGUAACACACCAAUGGAUGUUUAUGGCAUAAUAAAUGCAUCUUCAACACUUAUGCAACAGAUACUGGCAGGAAAUAAUGGUGUUUCUGCAGCUGCUGCUUUGAGAUUUCUUAAGAUGGUCUUCAGCUAUGAGGAGUGGGAUACAUUUGAUCAUGCAGUUAUGUUAUUUGUUUCAUUCCUUCAGAAUCAAAACAGGACAGAAUGGAAAAAAGCAGAAUCAGAACUGAAACUACUUAUAGUAAUGCAGCCUCUACUGUCUACACGGAAACCAAGGCAUGGUUUGUCUCUUCGUGGAAGCAAUAUCCAAGAAGCAUUUGUUGUUCGUAGUUCAGGGAAAAAAUUAAUUGCAUUUCAAGAAGGAAAACCACAUGUAGGAAAAACUACUGAUGACCUUUUUUCGUUGGCAAGAACGCUUUAUGCCUGCGUUUGUAUGUCUGAGAAGGUUCACCUGCCAGAUAAAGAAAUGAUUAUAGAUGCUACAAUGUUUUUGUGGCAGAAGUGUAAACUGGGAAUUCAGAAAAUCCAAAUAAGUGGAAGCAACUUUUUAAAAUGUCAUCAGAAAUACCAAACUCCCAAGUGGAUUCAUAUUCUUUAUGUAAUUAAUGAAGUAAUCCACACCAUUGAUCUUGGAGAUGUUAAUGUUGUUACAAUGGCUGAGGUUUCACUACGACUAACUUCAGUGAUGGAAAGUAUUGCCGAUUUUGCAAUCAAAUCUGGAGGCACAACAGUACUUAAAGAAAUAAAUGAUUCUAUAUUGGCUUCGGAAUACAAUAUUGCUGAGAUGCCUUCAUUAAUACAGAAAUCAGCCGCAGAGCAGUUACAAUUAGCUUAUGAGCAUCUAGACAGUGCAAUUCGUGGAAUGAAUCAAGCUCACCUCACAACUGUUUUGCCUGAUGGAAUGUCAGUGCUUGACAACUGUUGUAAAAAGAUUCUUGUAAAGGAUCAGAAUUUGAGUAGUUCCUCAUCUUCUGAGAUUGGUGAGAAACUACCAAUAGGAAACAAUUUUAUUAUGGAUCUACACAUUGAUCUUAUUCAGGCUCAGCACCGAGUAGCUGUUAAGCUACUUAACUUGACACAAGUUGUACAAAUCGAUGUGAAAAAUAUUAAAGCCAACCGCCCUGCAAAGGAUACAAGCCAGCUGAAAUAUAUAACAGAACCAGAUAUAAUGAACAAAGUAAAAAAGAACAGAUUGUCCAAAGCUCUGUACCUGAUGCAAAAAGCCACAUUGAUGCAUCCAGAAAAAUUAAUGCCUUCUUCUCCAAAUCAGCUUCUUGAGGAAGCAAAUAUUCUGAUUCAGAAAACAGAAGCUGAACAAAAUACAUUAUGUGCUGCUCUCUCACAACCUGCAAGUACCGUAAAAAGGAAAGUUCCACCGCCUCCUAUAUUGCUUUAUAGGUCACACUCUUCCAUGGCAUUUAAGCCAGCACCAUUUGAGUCACAUGUGAAGGUUUCGUGGUACAGUAUUUUUGGAUGCGCAGCAGAAGGGAGCAACCCAAAAGUCCGGUUAAAUAAUUACAAUCUUAAGAACACAGGAGAAAUGUUACCAGCUGAGGAAGCAUGCAUCUUUGAAGUUAAAGAUUUAGAGCCCAAUCAAAAGUACAUAUUUGCAGUUGCAGCAUAUGACUCGGAUGGAAAACUUAUUGGUGACAGCAUUGGAGAAACAAGCAAGCCAAUCCUUGCGUACCCUCCUCUUUCAGCCGCUACUGUCCGAGCAUAUUUGAUUCAGUCCGCUUUUCUAAUAGAAAGCUAUAUGUUAUGUAAGAAGGUCUUUCAGUCAUUGUGGAACCAUUUUGUUUCAGUACCUUGUACUGCUGUUGCUAAUGUCACAGAGAUGUCUGUAAGCAGCACUUUGACUAUCCCUCAGAACAGAUUAAUUACUGAAGCACUUUCUCAAGCAUCUCCAAAUCUGUUAUACCUGUUCAUCAGGAGCAUUUUUGUUAUCAAUGACAUAAGUGUGAAAGAUGGAACACUCUUCUGUGAUUCUCUUUGUCUUAAUGAGUUAAAAUACAGUAGACAGGUUGCUAGAAUAGCUGAGUGUGGACGAAUGCUUGUGGCAAUUGAUCUCAGUAACUGGUUAAAUGAUGUAAAUUAUGUCCUGCAAUCCGUUGUUUACUGUUAUGGCCUCAUAGCUCCCCUGGUGUAUCACAAGAUUCCUUCAGAGCCAGUCAUUCAGAUCAUUAUUAAGUGUCUCACUGUUCUUCAUGAAAUUCCAGUUACUACACUGCAGAAAAGAUCAGCAUCAUGUUUUGACAGCAUUCAACACAUGAUAGCUUGCUUGUGCUUUUUCACAGUGAAGAUAUUGCGCUCAUGGAAGGAAUAUGAAUUAGCAAUUGUAGUUAUUAACUAUGGAAAAAAGUUGUUGGAUUCUUCAAAGACACAAUCUCAACUGACUGAAGCUGGAGAAGGAGUAGAGGAAAUAAUAGAUAACAUGCUUCCUACCAAAAGGCUUAAAGCACAAAUAGCUGCUGCUGAGAAAGUAAACGAGAACUUAGAAGCUCUGGAAUCCAACUUGCUCAGACUGAUUAAACCAGGGCAGGAGAUGACAGGAGAAGAAGAUGCUUUGUUCUUGUAUCCUGUAGUUGCAAAUUGGCAAACAAAGUUUGCUUUAAAGGAAGUAAUGAAAUUCAAGAAAAACCCUCGCUUCCUCGAAUAUUUUGUUAAGCUUUUGUGCAAAGCACUGCAUGAAGAAAAAUACUUACGAAUAAUUGAGUGGGCUGAUGAAAUACAAGACUAUCUUAAAAAACGCAAUAAAGCUUUUCUUGGUGCUAAGCGAGGAAGGAGAAAAGGAAAACGUCAUGAAAAAAACCAAUCAGCACCAGACUUUAAUAAGAUGACAGGGUCACCAACCUUUGGGAAAAAGCCAAACACUCCUAAGAAAAAACAGAAAAACCACCCAUGUAUGUUCAAGUCAUCUGAUGCACAAAGGAAAGAAAGGGAGGAAGCAAAAAAGUUAGCUUUACAAAUGCUGAUUCAAAAGCUGAAUUUACGUUGUAAUGUCUUCUUAAGACGAAGAAGGGUACGUUGGUUAUAUGCUGAAGAAAUGCCAUGGCGAUCUCAGAUGAAUAUUUACCUGGGAAUUAGUCACUUCAAUUCAUUUAAAAAACGGCUGGAGGAAUUCUAUAAUAUUGAAGUUCAUACCUUACAGAAUAUGAACAGUUAUGAUGAUCUUGACCCUGAAAUAUUAUCAUUAGACAAGUCAGGAACUAUUGUUGUGACAGCAACAACAGAAGAAGAAAUGAAAUCUUUUGUUCCUCCAUUUUUUAAAAGAUCAGCAUCAGGAAAAAUAAGAAGAAAAACUGACACACUUGGCUCUUCUUCCCCUGCGUUGGACUCUGUUCCUUCCUUGUCUGCAUCUUCCUGUAUAUUGCAGAGUGCUUCCUCCACCACUGUUUCCAGCUCAAGCCUAAUUGAUCUAAGUAAUCAUCUUACUCCUGAAACUGAUGCCUUGAUGGAUCCUAGUGAUCUGACCCAGCAUUCACCUUCAGUCCCAGAUAAAGACACAGAUCCUUCUUCUGAUCAUUCUGUAAGAGAUUCUCCUCGUCCUCGAUCAGGUCAAAGAGCUGUUAGCUACAAGGAACGUGAAAGAUUUCUCUGCUACUCUGCUAUGAUGGACCACUUCGCUAAAAUUUUUCUUCAUUUUAGAAGAGCUGUGGUUCUUGCUCAUCGUGGGGGCCAUUGGACAUUGCUCCAGAAUGCAUGCCAGGAUCUUUGGAACUACACUCAGGAAGUACUAUCCAUCAUUAAACAUUCACCAUCUUUCCAUGCAGCAUUUCCUUUUACUAAGGAGCUUUUCCAUAAAACCAUCUGGCUAUCAUAUUAUAUGGCAUCAGAUGCCCUCAUUGACAUGAUUGUUGAUCUCCAAGUCAGUAAUUCUGUGAAGAUAAUUGAUCCUGAAGGAGAUUUCUGUGUUCCAAGCUGUGUAGGAAGCAUUUGUGAUUACGAUGGUGGUUCUGAUCUUUCUUUCCAAAUCCCGUUUGAUGAUGUGAAUGUUGUUACUUUACAUAGAGUACGUAAUAUGGUCCUUCGAACUAUUGAGAUUCUAUUUCACUUGAAGAAAUGGGAAUCUCUAGUAUUCAUCGCCAUGCAGUUUAACACAAUUACACAUGAGAGAUAUACAGAGCAAGUUACUCCUUUAAUGGUAUUUGCUCAGAGACAGUUGCAGAAAAAAAUACAUUUCAGUGAUUCUGAAGGUCCACAGCCUUGUUUCAGACAUCUUGUAACUGAUACUGGAGAGAAGGUGCGCUGCAGAAACUUUAUUGCAAAUCAGCUAUGUUCUGUUGCCAAAUCAGCUGAAGAAGACAAUUUUGAUAGUUCGGAUAUGACAGCAAGAGCAUUGGUUUCUGUUCCUUUGGAUGUUUCUGAUUCAUUGAAAUGUUUCAAUGAAAGUUUAGAAAAAUCAAAAUAUCACAGCAGAUGCCUUAAAUAUAGUAGGAAACUGCUUUCACUGUUUCUUGCUCACACACGAGAACAUUCUGAAAGGUCAAGCAGAACAAAAGAAAUGUCUUCACGUGGAAAAGUGGGAUUUAUAUUGGGGGCUGAAUUGACAUACCAACCAGAACCACCCAAUCUUUCAGAAGAAACUUUUAGUUGUCUUGGUGUGGUUCAAAGCAACUGCAUUCCACGAUCAAAACUAUCAGUAGUUGUUGCUUCGUAUGAGUAUACACUUGAAGUUCUUCACACAAAUAACAAGCAAGGCCUCAAAGUACAAGCUUUCCACGAACUUGGAAAUCUUCAUUUUUCCACAGGAAACAAAAGAGCAGCUUUCAAAUGUUGGUGUCAAGGCCUUGAUACAGCCAUCAAAAUAAAUGAUUCCCUUUGUAAUUGGCAAGAGGUAGCUGGCUUGUCAGCAAAUGAAACUGGGAACUUAGCAAAUACAUCCCAGAAUUGUUGUGAAAAAUUUGUUUCUCGAGCUGGAAUUUGGGGAUGUUUACAAGGAGCAAUAUUAGCAGCUAAAAUAGCUCGGCACAUGUUACUGUACGAUAUCAAACUAAGAACCAGAACCUGCAUUUUAUCUUCUAUUCUAUUCAAGUCUCUGUUCAGUGUUUCACUCCCACAUCCUAAAGCUGAUUGUGACUUCGCACAAUAUGAAACAGAUAUUUUAAUUCCUGGCAUUGAUAUGUUUGCGGAUUAUUACAGAGCUGAUGUUGCAAAUGUUGUUGCAAGUUUGAAUUUCAUUCUAUAUGAAUUGCACUACACCAAACAAAAUCUAAUAAUAUUGCCACUAUUUACAUUAUAUCAAUACUUCGUUUGUGAAAUUUGUCGGGAUGCAAAUAAAUGUCUUGAAGGCAGGAUUCUCAAGAUUAAAGUACUUACAGAUUUAGGACUUUACUCUGAUGCUUUCCAUGAACUGUGCAUUCUUAACCGUGGGGAGAAAAUCCCAUGGAAACUACCAUCUACUUAUAAACCAGCUCCAAAACCCUCGGUCUUUCCAAAGUUUGAUUCAUCACAACCUCUCCUGACAAAUGUAAAUCUACAGGCAAUAGAAGAUGUGUUCAACAAGCCUCUAAAUUUAAAUUGGGCAUCAGCAUAUGAUCCACGAAUAAUGAAUGUACUGAUGCUCGCAAAAACACAUUUUAUUACUUGUUUAUCUGCAACAUUAAAUUGUCUUCCUGAAAAAGUGAUGAAAACAACAUAUUGUAUAGACACUGAAACCUUAAGAAGAUCAGGAAAAAACACGGAUGCAUUCCUGAAAGGUUUUCUAAUACCGACCGCAUUUACAACUUGGAAGCGGGAACCAAUUGUUAUGGUUGUGGAGCUUGAACGAAACAAAGAUAUUUUAAAUAUGGGCAUGCUGAAGGGAAUUUUAUUGGAAGAAGCUGAAGAAAGGAUUAAUACAGUUCUUGAUACUAUACAAAAUAAAUAUGGCACAUUGAUUUAUGAGUGUUCAGCUUCAGAAUUAGAAAUUAUCACUGAAGCCAAGCUUCAGCUUGCAGCUAUUGCCCAACAAAGGCUUCAAACUGCAUUCAGUGCUGCUAUAGCCUUUUCUGCAUUAAAAAUUCUUCAGAAUGCAAAUCUUUUCAAGAAGAAGUCUAACUUACCUCAAAACACAGAGCAAAAACAUGAGAUACAUGGUGAAUGGGUUUAUACUGAGGAUUCCAAUCUGUGUCAUAAUGUAAUAGCACGAGAACAUAUGAAUGUACAUAUAUGGCUGAGAUGUCGUUUGGCCUUAGUGACCGCAAUUACAGCACAGGUGCGAGGAAUUGAAUCAAUGAAAGAAAAUGAAAUGAUGGAGUGUUCAUGUCUGAUCAGCGAGGUACAAAUGGAAGCUCAGGCAUUCAAUGAUGUUGAGACACUUGCUGACAUUACUAUGCAAGCUGUCAUGCUUGGGCUACAGGAAAAACAAUCAGUGGCUGACAUCAAACUCAGUUUACAGAAUAUAAACAGGUUGCUUAAAAACAAGGCGCUGAUUUCUCCAGCAGCUUCUUUGACAGUAGUCCAAAGUAUGCUUUUGCUGGCUGACAUAAUGAGAACACAAGGAGAAGGUGAUUCAGAACACCAUACAUCUAAGACUGAGCAACUGAACUUAUUAAUUCUGGCACACACGAUAGUCAUUAAACAAUUAUAUCUUUUGGGACAAUCAAUUGAGCAACACACAGAAGACCCAACGCUGAACACCAUAAAAGAGUCUUUGAAUAACAUAUAUCUGCCACAUAUCACAUUAUUGGCAAAAGUAAAAAUGAGAAUAGGUCAUACAUUAGUUCUAGAACUGUGUUGCACACCAAAACCAUGUGAAUUGCGAUGGUUAAAAGCUCUCAGGCACAUGGAAACUGCACUGAAUCUUUCUAAAAUAUCAGUAAGAAAAGAUCCAGAGCUGGAAGCAGAACUUCUUUUUCGGAAAGGGAAGAUAGAACGACAGAUUGAUUCAAUAGGUGGGAAUAAAGCAGCAUUUGCUAUUGAAGACUUGUUGAAUUCCAUAAAAGCAAGUUUGAAGAGUUACCAAAAUUACGGCUUGAUAAGAAGAGCAUACAUGGAGAUAGCAUUGCAGUAUUUUUUUCUAAUCACAAACAAGGAGGAAUCACCUACUUCAACCACACGGAAAGGAGCAACGUUUAAACCAAAGCCUCCUAGCAGACACCGUGUUAGUUCUGAUGGAAUUCCAGCAACAGAAAUGUACAGAGUGCAAGCCUGGAUUGCAAUAAGAGCUGCUGCUCAGGUCAGUGAAGCUAUUCUGGCUUCCCAGCAGUUAACUGGAAAGAAAGCUGUGAAAUUGUACCAUGUGAGGUAUAGAGUACUUCAAAGCAUGCCAGAAUUUGCUCUUCUGGACCUCAGUUCUUCCUACAAAGACUUUUUAUCUGAAGGAUAUGAAGUUAAGUAUAAAGUUCCAAUUCUGCCUUCUACACAAGAAAAAGCAGAAAAUGACGGAGCUGAGAGUGUAUCUUCUGAUGAAAGCCAGGAAAAAAUGAAAAUACCCUGGGUCCAUGUAAUUCGCUACAAUACUUAUUUAAAGAGACUCCUAAACAUGAGCCCCUUGGCUGCUGUUCCAAAACAAAGUGAAGGCUUAUUUGCCAAAGAAGAUGUGUUGUUUACUUCAGUGUUUGACACAACAAUUUUCCUGCGCUUAGCAGAACUGCAUGCUUUUUUGAAAGCUUAUUUGCCUGUAUAUUUGGACUGUUGCCUUCAAGACCCUCCAACACAAGUAUAUGGUUUUGAAAAGCCUUGCUACAGUGUGACUGUUCUUGAGGAGCCAGCCCAAGAUUCAUUUGAAUCAUCUCAAAGAAUUGCAUUGGGGCGAAUGAGUUCCGAUACCAUUUCUACUUCUGAGAUGGACCUACGUAUAGACAACAAGGCAACCAGUGCUCCCAUUAAGGAACUUUGUGUGCAGUGGUACCUUCCAUCUUUGGAGAAAUCAUCAAAAGAUGGAGAAACAAUGGUUUUGUUCAUUUUUGCGUAUAAUAAAAAGCAAGUCAAAGUAACCAACAUCAAAUUUUUCAAUUCAAUCAAUGUAUAUUGUGGUUAUUUGUGGAUACCACUGGAUAGGGUUAUUGCAGUACGUGAAAAGUUGUCUGAUCUGAAGCAACAAAUUGAAUUCUUAAUUCAAUCAGAGAUGAUUCCUCCGUCAGUAACUGAGAUACCGAAACAUAUUCCUUCAGCAGGAUCUAAAAUUAAUACAGCAAAGGUGUCAUUAGAUGAAAAAACAAAGGAAAUGGUUAAAGAAUGCAUUUCUGAAAUAGAAGCCUUGUUGACUGGUGACUCGGAUCAGUCACCACUACUCACAGAGAUCCCCUUUGACAUAACUUUACAAGCAAUAAAGAGCUUAAGGAAACUAUUUGAUCCAUCUAGUGGGUGUGUGACCAUCGCAGGAAAUGUUUUCAACUGGAUAGUGUCAUUGCUCGACUAAAACUGAAAUGCAUUUUAGGUAUAGGAGUUUGACCAUCUUUGGAAUAAUUUGUUCCUUAUUUCUGCAUUUAUUCUGUGCAGUAGUACUUAAAAUAAUGAACAUGUUGGUCUUUGUGAAUUAUAUUGUUCUUGAUGCAAAUUUGAAUUUCCUAUAUUAACUUUUGAUUUGAAAGACAUAAAACCUAUGAGUUGUGUUAUGUUCUUGUUUUUGUUUUAAGCAUAAUUAAAAGUUUAUUUUACUGAAGAUUGCAGAGGAUUUAUAUCCAUCUAUACUUGGAGCAAAUGAGAUUAUUUAACCUUAAAAUGCCUAAUAAAUAAAUAUUGUCUUCCUAUUUUCUCUUAACUGCUUAGACUUAACUCAUGGUUCUGACCUAAUAAUAAUAUUCUUUCACUGCUUUUAGCAGUGUGAAAUAACCUUUUAAUCAUAUAUAUAUAUAUGGUUGACUUCUAUUUCUGGAUUUUUUAAAUUAAAGAACAGAAAUUCAGAUUAUUGUGUUGUAGAUCUUGUAAGAUUUCAUCAUUUAUAGCAAUUAGACAGUCCAGCUCUGAGGCUGAUACAGUGAUUAAUGGCUUAUGGAGUAUUGUUUUACAAUAGCAACUGAAUAACAUUACCAUGUAUUACUGAUAUUGAUACAAAGCAUGCUUUUAUUCUACUAAAUAUCAUACCAGAUUUCUUAUUAUUCAGAAUAUCUUAGGUGUAUCUUAACGAAACGGAAAAUUUCUGGGAUAAAGUCCUAGAAAAUGAUAAAAAAGAUAUCACAAAAAUAUACAACAAGAUUUUAGAAUGGUCCACGGAAACAGAAGAAAUCAAAAAUUGCACGAUAAAAUGGGCAAGAAAUUUUGGAUAUACAAUUGGACUGACUGAAAGGGAGAAAAUCUGGAACAAGAAAUUAAAAUACACAUAUUCUACAGACCUCCAGGAGAACUGGAUGAAAAUGUUUCAUUGUUGGUAUAUUAUGCCAAAAAAAUUGGAAUAAUGUACAAAAAUGCCCAAAAUUUAUGUUGGAAAUGCAAAAAACAAGAAGGAAUAUUCUAUCACACUUGGUGGACCUGUCUGGAAACAUCAAAAUAUUGGAGAUAAAUACAUGAGGAAACGCAAAAAAUACUGAAUAGGACAUUUCCGAUGAAACCAGAGUAUUAUCUCUUAGGACUAACGGAAAGUAUAAAAGAUUUGAAUAAGAAUGAUGACAUCUUAUUAACUUAUAUUAUGACAGCUGCAAUGAUGACCUAUGCAAAAUAUUGGAAAUUGCAAGAAAUACCAUCAAAAGAACAAUGGCUAGAAAAAUUGAUGAAAUCUAAGACAUGAACAGCAUGACCUUCCUUCUAAAAGAAAGUAAAGGGAAAAUAUUAAAAACAACAGAUUAGAAGGGUUGUGAAGAAUACAGGGAAAAAGCCAAGAUCUAGAAAACAAUUAAGAGUUCCCGCGAAUUGGACUAUGGAUGAGUCCAGAUUAUAUGGAAAAGAAUGAACGUAACAAAAUAAGGAUAACGUGAAGAACAAAGAACGGAAGACUAAAAUACCCUAUACCCUGAAACCUUCCCUUCCCCUAAUAUUCCCUUAGAAUUUAGAAAUUUAGAUUCCACUUACCUUUUCCUGUUAGGCCCUUCCUACUCUCAGAUUGUAUCCCCCCCCCCUUUUAUGUAACACAAAUGAAAACUGAAUAAAAAUAUACAAAAAAGAAGAAGAA